AUGCGAGCCCUCUUCUCGCCUCCUGUCACCAAUGAAUCUCAAUCUCUGCAAAAAGAUGUAUCUUCCAAUCUUAUUCAGAUAGACGUUUCGGCGUGGUCACACUCCAUUCUUUUGCUAUCCUCAGCUUCAUCUUUUCAAGAGGCCCCUUUUUUACACGGGGCUUCUCAGGCAGCAUUUCCGCAAUAUAUGCCACGCAGUUGUUUGUUACAGCGACGUAGAACCAGUUCAGAGACUGAGACUCCUGCAACCUCAACUGGACAAUUAGACGCCAGCGAUAAUCUCCGGCUUCGGCCCUACGAGUGGAUCUUGCAGGUGACCUCCCAUCUUAACUGGUCGGAAGCUAUACAGAUUGGCUACAAGGGUGCUUGGCUCUUUAUGCUUUCUAGCUCUUCGAUUACAAAUUUGCCCAUUCACUACUCCCUCUAUGCUCAUCAUUUGGGAAAUGGUGCCAAAGCUUUCGAGGAAACAAGUUGUUCUGCUUUUGCGUUUCAUCUUCCCAGACCAUGUUCUAUGUGCGAAAUUCCAUCGAACACAGGUGAACAGGAGCGGAAACUUUGCGAUAAUUUACGUCCUGGUGUUCUUUCAAACGACGGUCUUGGCCACAGUGCUUGCCAUUUCACUGUCCACCCGGACGCUGCAUAUAUCUUCAUAUCCACCGAAGCCCAAUGCUUGGUAGGCUGGCGUGUAUCAGCGUCGCCCUCUAAGCUUGGACUCGAAAGAGCUGCUGAUAAAUCAGCUUUUGGGCAAAAUCAUGAUAUCCAGCAUAAUCUUGCAUCCGACAUGGACAAUCUCGUCCAAUCUGCAGAACAAGUAAAGCCUCCUUUAUUGCAUUCUUCGCCACUUUCAUUCAGCGAUAUCGAAGAAUGGAAGUCAGAGAAAAGUGAUUCUGAAUCAUCUUGCUCAACAAGAAUAAAAAUGUCUAGGUGA